AAAGGGAAAAAAAUACAUCGUGCAUCGCCGAUUUUUAUUUUGAUUUUUGUCAACUACUGACUACAAAUAAAUCGCAUAAAACAAGUUAAAAAGUAGCAUUUGUGAUUAAAGUACAAGAGCAGCACAAAAAUGGGCACCAAAAAGUGUUGCGUGCCAAGUUGCAAUGGAAAUUGGCCGGAUGACGGCUGCGAAACGACAUACCACAAAUUUCCGCAGCGCUUGGAGUUCCGUAAAAACUGGAUAAUUGCGAUAAAAUCCAAACUGGAUGCUAAUUUGCAGCCAUCGAGCAGUAAUUUGGUGUGCUCGCGACAUUUCAAACGGUCGGAUUGGCAGGAAAUCAAAGGAGGAAAGCUGUUGCUGAAACAAGGUAUCGUUCCGAGUGUAUUCACAUACAACGUAAAUGACUUGCCGAAGGAGGAACUCGGCAAACCUGAAAUUACCGGAAACCCCAAUGUGAGUGUUAAGGAUGUUUCUGUAGCCGAAGGCGGCGCCGCCGAAGAACCAGUAGAAAAACCAGAAGAAAAGAAAGUGGAAAAGAGUCGCAAAUCCGCUCGACGAUCGAACUUUAGUUUGACAUCGCCACCAAAAACGGGCAAACUUGCAAAAAAACCAGCAGAAAAAGAAGUCGAAGCAACUCCAGUUGAAAAGGAACCAGAAGAGGUUCCUCCUGCCAAAAAGGAAGAAGAACCCGUCGAGGAGAAAAAAGAACCGGAAAAGUUGCCAGAAAAACCCACCAAAUCAGAGACAACAAAAUCGAAGGAAGACUCAAAGCCCAGCAACACCAAGUUUUCCAUCAAGUUGCCCUUCAAGUCUAAAAAGGACAAAAAACGGGACAAACGUCGACCACAUCGUAGUAUCCUUGCGCUGUCAAAACGCAGUCCGAAACGAAAAGACGGCCAAUCGAGCAAAUCAAAGCUAAAAUCCCCAACAAAAGCUGCAGCGGAUGUUCUGUCGCCUAAGAAAAAUCUUUCGUCGUCCAUCAAUUUUGUCAUUGGCACAAAACUUGAAGCACAGGACUUUGAAGGAGGCUGGCACGAAGCCAGUAUUGUCGAGGUAGACUCGGACGAAGGCGAAGUUUUGAUUCAUUUCAUCAAAAAUGAGAAACAAAAAUCAGCGACGCUCAGCGAUGAGUGGAUCCCAAUGGAUUCGUCACGUUUGAGACCGCCACAAGUAACGAAGAAAAGCGAAGGAUUCGCGAUUGGAGAGAAAUGCAUGGCCCGCUGGAAUGACUCGCGAAAGUUUCCUGCUACUGUUCAACGAUUGGUCGAGGAUGAUCUUUAUGAGGUUUUGUUCAAUGACGGGUACAUAAAAAUUGUUCGUGGUACUCACAUGACAAAAUUGAAGCAACAACCUGGACAGCCGCCAUUAAUUGAGCCAAUUAUUCCCAUUCAGCCGAUUAUUCAGACGCCAGCUUUGAAGGACAUCGUCAUACCGGACAUACCGAAGGACGGUGAGUGGUGCUGUUACUGGAUCAACGAUUGUCCCGUUGGUAAAGAGAGCUAUUUGGACUUCUCUCAUGGACGAAUCAACACUGUUAUUGUCGAUGAUUGGCGUUUACCCGAAAAAUGGGAGAAACAUCUCUUCCAACGUAUUGGAAAUUACGGCGGAAAAUGGGACGCAAUCUUGGUGAGUCCCGACGGACAGAAAUUUCGUUCGAAACAGGAGUUAAAAGCAUAUUUGGACACGAUUAAAGAAACUUACGAUCCGGAACGCUACGAUUUCUGCCUGCAUAAGAAACGAGCAAAGGCAAUCGGAUUGUUGACAUACACCGAGGACUACAAACAAGCUCUUAGUUUGGACAUGAAGAGUCCAAAUGUAUCACUUAGCUCGAUUGGAGGCACUCCUGGGACACCGGGACUCGGUGGCAUGGGAACUGGCGAGGUCUUUAUUGGCUCCCUUAAGGUCAAAGUUCAGGAUAAUCUCUAUUUGUGUCCGGAUUGCGACAAAACAUUCCGCAAAGAGAACCAUUUGCAGAUCCACAUCAAACAUUAUCACGAAAAAACCGCUGAAUUACUCGGAGUUUGUCCAAAUAUGCAGGAUUUGGCUUAUUUGAGAACCGCAACUGACGAUACGGAAGUACAGGAAGCUCAAGCAAAAUUCAUGAGAAAAUCGCUAACUGUUGGAUCACCACCGGCAGCGGUUGCACCACCAGCAUCGACUCCAACAACUGCUUCUACGACGAAUACAACAACCGCAAAGUCCGUUAGUACACCAAAAUCCAGUGGAAAUAAGAGUUCAGCGACAAGUAAAAAAGUUACUGCAGAAAAUGUCCUCAAACGAGAACCUGUUGUCAAGUUGGAAAUGAUGAAUGUCGAGGAGCAUCUUGAAAAACCGCCUAAAAAAGCUGACGUCGAUCCAGAUUUUGAUCCAGAAUCACUUAUUGUGUCGCACGAGGUCAGUCGCAAAGGUUUGAAGAAACGCAAAGGAACCGUUAGUACGAGGCAGUGUAAUCGAAAACCCACAAAACGUCCCAAAUUGAGUGAAUCUUCGGGCAUGACAGACUCCGAAGACACCAGAUUCUCCUUUGGUCUGAACGAACCGCAUCCGAAAGUGGCGAGACUUCAGUCGGAACACACCACCGAGGGCAGUAAUAGCUUCGACGCGAGUCCAAGUCCAAACACGAAUUACGUGAACGAAUAUGGAGAAGUCAUUAAAAUCGUGAGGAUGCGCAAAGAGGAAGUUAUAAACUGCAUUUGUGCGUAUCCCGAAGAAGAUGGUCUCAUGAUUCAAUGUGAGUUGUGUUUGUGCUGGCAACAUGGCAUCUGCAAUGGAAUUGUCAAGGAAAGUCAAGUGCCCGAAAAGUACGUUUGUCUCAUUUGUCGCAAUCCCCAACGUGGUAGACCUUCGAUGCGAUUCAUUCACGACCAGGAUUGGCUUUAUGACGGCAAAUUACCUACCGCAAAUUACCAUUUGCCGUACCAGAAGACCCAAGAUCGCUUCAAUUUGCUGAAACAAAGUCACACUCUCACCGGAAACCUGCUGGAACUCAAAAAAUUCUUGCAUUCCUUGGACGUGAAGAUCAACAUCGCUGCCAAUAAGGAUCAUCCAAAGAUGUAUUUGUGGUCGAAAAAGUGGGAACAAUCGCCACCGAAGCAGGAAACUCCAGCUAUGACGAAUCCACAACCAUUGAAAGUUGACAGUAACGACAUAAAGUUCGACAUUAAAGAUCUGAAUAACGUCGUUGGCGAUAACGGACAAAAUAACAGCAUUCUUGCGGGACUACUUUCAUCGCCUGGAGGAACAAAUGUCCCGGUAGCGACAGAAGCAACAACAACUGUCGAAGACGACAAAAGUGAUAUUAAGGACAACAUUUUCACGCAAGAACCAAAAACGCCAUCGGCACCCGAACCAGAGGCUGCAAUCGAUCCGGCCAAGUGUCAGUAUAAUUUGUUGGAACACAUUCAGAAACAGCAGAAUUUAGCAAUGGCAAGGUUGAAUACAGUAGAGGCGCAAAUUAUUGCUCUUGAGGCUUUUGAUGACCCCAAAGAUAUUGUGGAAUCACCUUCUAAUUCUGACUCGUACUCAAAAACGAAACAAGUUGUGCACCAAUUGAUCAAAGAUUUGGAAAAAAUGAAAGCAUUGGCGGAAAUUCACGGAAGUGUUGCAGCUUACUAAUUUUAAUCAGUUUAAAAAUGUACAUUUUUGUAUUAAUGGAUAAGAAAUAAAAUAUAAAAAUUUAAUAAAUAAUUGAAAAAAAAUUA